AUUAAUAUGUCUCUCUCUCUCUCUCUCUCUCUAUAUAUAUAUAUAUAUAUAAUAUUUAUAUAAGACACACAAAGUAGCAGCCAUAUCAGAAAAAUGGGUUCUCAAUCUGAUGAUCAAAGUCUGGUUUUCACAUAUGCCAUUAUCUUUUCAUUGCUCUUGUUUACAUUUCAGUAUAAUAAAACUGAGGCUUAUGAUGAGGAUUCAAAGAUGGUUUCUCAGAAAGUAAAUCUGUCAGUUUACUAUGAAGCUUUGAACCCAUCUUGUUCUUCUUUCAUAGUUAAAAACCUUGCUCAAAUUUUCGACAAUGGUCUCCACACCAUUAUCAAUCUCAGGCUGGUCCCUUGGGGCAAUGCUUUUUUCAACAAAUCUACCAACACCACCGUUUGCCAGAAUGGGUCAGAUGAAUGCAAGUUGAAUACUCUGCAAGCCUGCACCAUUAAUGUGUUGCAUGAUGUGAACAAGCAUUUUGCUUUGAUUUACUGCUUUGAGUUUCUGGCCAUUGAAGGAAGGCACAAGGAAUGGGGAAGUUGUUUCACUUCAUUGGGUUUGCCUCCAAAAUUGGUCAUGGAUUGCUUCAAUAGCUUAAAUGGAACAUUGCUUGAACAAAAACAUGCUGUGGAAACAGCACAACUCAAUCCUCCUCACACAGUUUUGCCUUGGGUGGUUGUUAAUAAUCAAUCUAUUGGAAAUGAUUAUAGAAAUUAUUCAAGCUACGUAUGCAAAGCUUACAAAGGUAUCCCAGUGCCAAUGGCCUGUCAUUAAUUUUUCCCUUGGAAGGAUCAGCUGAUUUUUUUUGGGGGGGUAUUAUUAUUAUUAUUAUUAUAGUCUCUGAAGAUGGUGAGGGUUGGUUAUGUUUGUAAAGCUUGAAUAAACACAAUGGAGCAAAAUACUGUAUUAGCAUACAUA